UUUUCCCCUUUCUUUUCCCCUCCUUUUUUUUAUUAUAGUCCUUUCUUUCUAGUUUUUCUAUGUUUAACAUAUAAAUAAUAAAACUGAAAGAAUAAACUAACAAAUGUGGAUCAUUUCUCGAGUCGUAAGAUAACCAGACAAAGUAUACGCACACACAUUUAUAUCAUGUUAUUCAUAUAUAAAUAUUCUUUUUCUUCAUAGUUUGGUGAGUCACGGUGGACCCGAGCUAUAUUUUGUGUGAUCGUUUUACAAGCACUAUUUGCUAUUGCAUUCGAAGCUGUCAUUUUCGUCUUUCAUUCGAAUGAAAUUAAUGUAAUCAACAGUUUACGAUUGGCAGUUGAUUCCAAUGAUGACCUCAAGACAGCCUUUGCUAAUGCUAGGUCCUUAUUGGUCUAUUUCAUUUUAUUCAUGAUUGCCCAGCUAUUUACUGUGAUACUUGUGAUUGAUGCUAUUUACCAAAGAAAUACCAUUCAACUUAUUGCGCUGGUCGCUUUUGAAUUAGGCAUGACAGCAUACUCUAUCAUCCAGUUUCAUCAGUCUUCCACUCUAUUCACGCAAGAUGGUUCAAACGUGUCAACUGGCUUACAUUACCUGGGUCAAGCUUAUCAUGAUUCCAAGUGGGCAGAAAUCACUCAGAUAUGUUUGAUGAUUGUUUGUACCUGUAUAUUCGUCUUUUUAGCUUAUAAGCUCUAUCUUGAGUUUGGUUGGCACAUUUAUAAAAAGAUUGGAGCUGAUUUAGCCAUGCGAGAUCGUUACAAGAUGUAUCAAAUCUUCAUGAUGCUACUCAAGUUCGAUUUCUUCUUUUUCCUUGGAUUUUCAAUACAGUAUUUAGCGUUAUUGAUCGUCGCAUGGUGGCCAACCGCGGCAAGUAGUGGAGAUCAAACAGGAAUUGUCAAAGAAUUGAUAGAACACAUUGUCCUGAGUUGUUGCAUUUCAAUCACAAUGCUCGUAUCUGCUUAUUGGGGAUUAAGAAGAGAAAGAAAACCUCAUAUGUACAUCUUUUUAAUUCUUUGUAUGGCGAGCAUGGCGUACUAUAUUUAUACUCUUGUUCAAAUUGCUCAAAAUCCCGUUCGAUUCUUGGGUUCAAAAGCUUUUCUCACCUUCUUCUUGUGUGUAGAUAUGGUACUUAUUUUAGCAUCUGUACCCAUUGGUAUUAUCUGUCUUCGAAACUUUAACCUUGGAUUGAUGAAUCAUAUUUCGCACGCUACUGCUUCUGCUACUUCAGCACAUUCAAUGGCUCCUCUUGGUUUGGAAAAAUCAAGUUCUACCAGGCGAUGGUCUAUUGAAUAAGUAUUCCUUUAUUAUCACACCCCUUAUUAUUAUUAUUAUUAUUACUUACUAUUAGCAUCUUUUCUCUCUUUUUCUCACUUUGUAAAGUUUAUCGUAGAAUAAAAAAUCAACACUUUAAUGUAUUCUGUAUGACGUAAAUGUUAUUGUUAUGCAGGAUUGCCUUAUUUCAGGGCACACUUUUUUUUCUUUUUCUUUUCUUUCUU